UUUAGACUUUGAGAGCUAGAACAGAGAACGAAAAUGCAAAUCUUCGUGAAAACCCUAACGGGGAAGACCAUAACCCUCGAGGUCGAAUCAAGCGACACCAUCGACAAUGUCAAGGCUAAGAUUCAAGACAAGGAAGGUAUUCCUCCUGACCAGCAAAGACUGAUUUUCGCCGGGAAGCAACUCGAGGAUGGCCGUACUCUUGCCGAUUACAAUAUCCAGAAGGAAUCAACUCUGCAUCUGGUUCUGAGGCUUCGUGGUGGUAUCAUUGAGCCUUCUUUGAUGGCUUUGGCUAGGAAGUACAACCAGGACAAGAUGAUCUGCCGAAAAUGUUAUGCACGUCUGCACCCUCGCGCUGUGAACUGCAGGAAAAAGAAGUGUGGGCACAGCAACCAGCUGAGGCCAAAGAAGAAGAUCAAGUAGAGUGUUGAUUCUGAA